GCGGCAUGCCUCAGCCAAAGCAUCGGCACCAGGCCACCAGUACGUCGUCUUCCCUAGCUAAGCUAGCUUCCUGGCAGCAGCAAAUUAAUGGCGACCAUCAAUUUCACGGUGCACAGACGACCGGCGGUGCUGGUGGCUCCGGCAUCCCCCACGCCUCGUGAGCUGAAGCGGCUCUCGGAUUUCGACGACCAAGAGAGCUUGCGUUUCCGGAUCCCUGUCAUCCAUUUCUACCAGAGGAAGGAGUCCAUGGCCAUGGGCUGCAGCGGCGACCCUGCGGUGGUCAUCCGGGAUGCCGUCGCGAGGGCUCUUGUGCCCUACUACCCGUUCGCCGGACGGCUCAGGGAGCACGACGGAGGCAAGCUCGCCGUUGACUGCACCGGCGAGGGUGUGCUGUUCGUCGAGGCCGACGCUGAUGUUUGCCUGGAGCAGUUUGGUGACGUCCUGCUGCCGCCAUUCCCAUGCCUGGAGGAGCUCAUCUUUGACGACGCCCCCCCUGCUGCUGCUGGUGCUGCCAUCCUUCACACGCCUCUCCUGCUUAUCCAGGUGACGCGACUCGCCUGCGGAGGAUUCGUCCUGGCGUUGCGGCUGAACCACACCAUGGCGGACGCACUGGGUCUGACGCAGUUCCUGGGCGCCGUGGCGGAGCUGGCGCGGGGUGUUGCGCAGGCUCCCACCGUGCGGCCGGUGUGGGAACGCCACCUGCUGGAGGGGCAGCGCAACCCGCCGCGAAUAAUAAGCGACGGGUUGGACUUGUGGUACGAGGCUGAAAUGGCUGAUGAUGAUGGUGACAACAUCAUUCCAUCGUCUCUAAACCUAAAGGACGACGACAUGGCGCUCCGCUCCUUCUUCUUCGGGCCCGGGGAGAUCGCGGCCAUCCGCGACCAGCUCUCGCCGGACCUUCGGAAGCGGGCGUCGAGGUUCGACGUCAUCGCAGGAUGGCUGUGGAAGCACCGGACCAUGGCGCUGGCCCCGGACUACUCCGCCGACGAGCCGAUGCUGAUGCUCGUCGUCGUCAACGCCCGCGGCCGCGACCGCGAGGCCACCGGUUGCGCCGGCAUCCCCACCGGCUACUACGGCAACGCGUUCGCGAUCCCGGUCGCCGUGUCGACGUCCGGAAAGCUGUGCGCGAACCCCGUCAGCUACGCCGUAGGGCUGGUGAAGGAGGCCAAGGACAAGGUGGACAUGGAGUACAUGCGGUCGGCGGCAAACCUCAUCGUGCACCGCGGGCGGCGGAGCCCGCGCUUCACCGUCGGCAUGUACAGUCUGACGGACGAGACCAAGGCCAGGUUCCACGACCUCGACUUCGGAUGGGGCAGGCCGGUGUACGGGGGACCGGCAGAAGCCGUCGGUACCCCGGCCUUGCCCUGGCUGUCAAGCUUCAUCUUACCCUUCAAGAACGCUAGUGGAGAGGACGGCGCCGUCGUGCCGGUGUGCCUGCCUCGCCUGGCCAUGGACAGGUUGGUCGACGAGAUGGGCAAGAUGCGGCGGCGGCGCUCACCGGCCGAGGUGCAGCAGCCUCGCCAUGGGUUUCCCGUCAUCGUCAAGAGGUCUGCACUCUGAAGUAAUUGUCCAAUAAUGCAUGGCCGCGCCGGAUGUACUUACUGUAUAUUUGCUGUGUUGUAUUAUACUGUAGUAUUAUUGGUGGUCUCUCCUAUAUAUUUGCCCUACUCCGCCGUGGUGUCGAUAUGUAUGUAUGUGUAUGGGUAUUCAUAAAUAAAGAUAAGGAAUCAUGCAUCUGUGUUGUGCUGGA